AGUAAAUUCAGUCUUCAAAAAAAAAAAAAAAAAAAAAAGGGGAAAGUAGAGGGAAUUGGCCUUUGGGGGAGUAGCUCUAACUCAGUGAGUCAGUGCUCAAUAGAUGAUUUAGAAAUUGAACAAUGGCGGUGGAGACGAAUUUCGCAUCGUUGUUUGAGAAGCUGAAAGUGGAAGAUCCAUGGCUCCCUCCUCGAACCUGGGAAUCCAUUCCUUCUCAAAGCGGCCCCCUUCCUCCUCUUCCAGACUCUCAACCUCCCAUUUCCUCCUCUUCAUCAGUCUCCGAGGCAAGUUUGGUGAGGUUGGCACUAAAUGCACUGCAAGGCGUAGAAUCAUCUCUUUGUAGCAUAGAAAAACUUUCUGCUGCCUUUUUUUCUGAUCCUGCGGAUAGGACUUUCCAUCAAACACCUAGUCUUUGGUACCGGUCUUCCAGCACUCAUGCUCUGGGGAAGAUUCUCAAAUCAAUAGGCCAUUCAGGUUUCCUAGUUUUCCUUCUCCAUAAGUUUGUAGAAUAUUUUUCAAAUUUGAAUCCCAAUGGAAAUUCAUUUUCACUACGGAAGGGCUGGGAAAAUUCUCAAGCAGCAGACAAUCAAAAUCAUGGUGGCCACAGAGUGAAAGACGAAGAGGGCCCUAAAUAUAGCCUUGUUAAUCAAGCAUUCUCUGUAGCUGUAGGAAAGGUUUUGGAAGGGUACAUUUGUGCGUUGGACACAUUAUAUGCAUCAGUAAAUGUAAGGCGUUCAAAGAGUACUGAAGUCUCUACAGGUGUAUCUUCAGGCUGUCUCACAAGUGUGGUUUACUCUGGAAUUACGCUAUUGGAGGUAUACCUGCACACAAAGGAUUUGAGGACCCAGAUUGAAGCUCUUGGGAAUAUAUGCAAUCUGUAUGAUUUAGCUCUUUACUUCUUGGAAUCUUCUUUUGAAGAACUAAGUUAUAAGGCAACCAUGGGAUUUCAUAAAUUCUUCAGGGGAGGUGACCUGCUUAGUUACUUGUAUACACAACUAAAGGUUGCGGACCCUGCUCACCAUGCUUUACUCAAGUUUCUUUUUCUUCGGUCAUGUGAACCUUAUUGUGAGUUUAUAAGGUCCUGGAUUUUUAAAGCUGAGAUUAAUGAUCCUUAUAAGGAGUUUGUUGUAGAGUACAUGGAUACGUUACAACAUCGUUCUGCUGGUAAAGAUGGAAUCCCUAUUGACUUUCCGGUUGCAAAUAUUACGGAGCGGGAUGGAGUUGUUGUUCCAUGUUUCCUGAAGGAUCUUUUGACUCCACUUGUUAGGGCUGGUCAGCAGCUUCAAGUUCUAAUGAAAUUGCUUGAAUUGCGUAAACAUGUUGAUACUGGAGACCAUACUUAUUCUGAUUUUCUUCCCUGCUGGAGUGGUUUUGCUGGCAGUAAUCCGUUUUAUGCUUCUUCAAUCACUUUUGGCAAAGAAAAUAUAGAAGCAUUGGUUCUCAUGCGUAAUAGUUACUAUGAGAGGAUGGAGGAGAAACUUGAAAAUUUACUGACAGGGUUGGAAUUCAAUUGUCAACAGGUAAUUUCGCAUAGGGCUGAACCUCAUUUAUUUGGUACUAGUGGAGACACUCCAAAUAUUGCAGCUUCACUCACAGUGGACGACAAAUUGGUUAUUAAUUCAACAAUGAAACGAAGUUUCUCUAAUGUGUCGCUUGACAAUAAUGAUUUUGAUGACUCUAGUACAAAAGAUGGAUCCUCUCAUGAAGCUGACAUCUUUGAACCAUUUGAGUCUUCAUCUAUGAGUAGUUUUGAAGAACAUACUGAGUCUGAGCAGUUGAUUGAACACUCUAAUAAUUUAGUUUGGCCUAAACAAAAUUAUUUCUCUGCCCUAAGCUUUUCUGUUAGUACCCCAUUUGGAAACUCAUUGCAGCUAGCUUUGCAGAAUGGCAAGUCUGACCGUAUGGAAAGCAGUUUGCAGGCUGGAACUGGUGGGCAUGGCAAUUUUAUAGGUUGUGAACCUAAUGGGAUAUAUGAUCACUUAUCUCCGCACCUCGAGUCAAACUGGUUGUGUGCAGAGGUUGAAUCUGCAAAUAUUCUAACUUCCAAAGGUUGGCCAGUUAACAGUGCAAGGAAUAAUGCCUUCUGUAUUGAUGGCGAUGACAGAGAUGAUAAAAGAUCACUUCUAUGUGAUUCUGACAUAAAGACGAGAAAAUGUAACACGCAAUUCUUUGAUAAAUUUGUGCAACAUUUUAAUGAAUCAAUUGCUAUCAACAAUACUUCAGCAGUGGACACCUCAAAUGAGGGUCAACAUGAAAAGGACUCUACUUCUGGGUUAUUCCAAUUGCGACAGUUCAAGCUUACUUGCAAUGGUAGCCUUCUGAGCAAAAAUCCAGUGUUGACAAACAAGAGUUUUUUCCGUAUGAUGAGCAAACCUGGUGAUGCAAGCCGGAUAGACUACCAACAAACUUUACCUUAUUUUGAUUUUUCUUCAGUUAAUGACCCUUGUAUGGUUUAUGUCAAAAGGCUAUCAUCUGAGAUUACACAUAAAUUUCUUGAGAAUACCAGUUCUGUGACAAAUGGUAGGGGUAAUCAGGAUGACAAACAAGGCUAUGGAGAUGUUCUCUUGGUUGACAAUUCAAAAAGUUCUUAUGCUGUUCCACCUUUGGAGUUAAGGAAUCAAACCCAGGAUGUCAUUUCAACAACUGUUUCUAGCAGCAGUUGUUGGGAGAGUUUGCUUGGUAGUUUUAGCACCCCUAAUAGCAGUGGGACUAUAGAUAUGAAGCUGAAUACAUCUUCCACGUUUGAGAUACCCCUUGACUUCAUAAUUGACAAAUGCCUACUGCAGGAAAUCUUGCUUCAAUAUAACUAUGUCAGCAAAUUAACCAUCAAGAUACUUGAAGAAGGUUUUGAUUUGCAAGAACAUUUGUUAGCGCUGCGGCGAUAUCAUUUUAUGGAACUGGCAGACUGGGCAGAUUUGUUCAUCAUGUCCCUUUCGCAUCAUAAAUGGUGUGUUACAGAGGAGGACCGGAGACUCUCUGAAAUUCAAGGACUUCUUGAGUUGUCCGUGCAGAGGUCAUCUUGUGAAAGAGACCCUCAUAAAGAUAGGUUAUUUAUUUAUGCAAAAGGGCAUGGGUUGUUGCCUCUUUCAACUUCUACAAUUGGUGUUCAUUCCUUCGACUUUUUAGGUCUGGGCUAUCGAGUGGAUUGGCCUAUCAGCAUUAUUUUGACUCCUGGUGCAUUGAAAAUAUAUGCUGAUAUAUUCAACUUUCUGAUACAACUGAAGCUUGCUGUUUUUUCACUGACUGAUGUAUGGUGCUCAUUAAAGGAUGUAGUGCACUUGAUCUGUCAAAAACACCAUCCUACACUACAUGAACGUGAAGUGGGCCAUUUUAACAAGUUAAUGAAGUUGAGGCAUCAGGUUAAUCAUUUUGUAUCUACACUACAGCAAUAUGUACAGUCACAACUAUCACAUGUAUCAUGGUGCAAGUUUCUUCACUCAUUUAAGCACAAGGUCAAAGAUAUGAUGGAUCUUGAGUCGGUGCAUAUGUCAUAUCUAACUGAUUCACUCCAUAUAUGUUUUCUAUCUGAUGAAACAAAACCUAUAGCCAGUACCAUAGAGAAUAUUUUGCAGUGUGCCCUAGAUUUCCGGUCUUGUCUUACUGGUGAUAUAUGGAAUGUGGGACUUGCUGAAGGUGAUUUACAGGAUAAACUUUCUAAGAUCAACAUAUCUCAGGUUCUUUUCAUAAAAGAAAAGUUCGACAAAAAUCUUAAAGAACUGCAUCUACUCUACCUCAAAUCACCUAAACAUGGAGAAUCUGGGCUUUCGUAUUUCUGGGGAUAUCUCAACUAUAAUGACUAUUACUUUAAUGAAAAUGAAAUGAGCUAUUAUGCUUUCUCAAUCUGAAGUCCUUUCCAUGAAGAUCGAAAGUAGGUAGCGAUAUGCAUUCUUCUGUGCCGCUAAGUUCAUCGAAACAAGCUCAAAGUAGAAGUCCUAAACUGCAUCGUGGUUUGGACUCAAUACUCUUAGCAGCAGCCAACCUGCACCAUAUCAUCUUUGCACUGCUGCAGUCGAUUUUCAUGCAAGGUAAGGCAUCAAUCCUUUAUUUAGCUGGAUUUGUUGUGUUUGUUGUCCCUUAAUUUAGGGUAAAUUCUUAACAUUUUUCCCCCUUAGCCUGAGCCCUGAGUGCUAAGUUAAUGAAUUUUGUUUCCAAAGGUUAAAGUUUGAAUGUGCUUUUGAGUUCCACUAUUUUUCAAACAAGGGCCUGUAAAUGUUUAAUAUUGCAAAAGUUCUUAUUUAUUUCUAUUUCUUACUA